AUGUCGCUCGAAAAACCGCUCCCCGGAGCUCCAUCCCCGGUAGACCGAACUGUCGAAAGAGUCGCCGAGCGCCUCGCAGUCCCGAUCAGGAGAGCACGCGCGAUAUCGAACCCCCCAGAAAUGGCACCCGCCCCUUUACCAGAGAUGCCUACCUACGACCCAAAACUUGCACAAUUGGCGGCUAGGGUUCUGUACAGAUCAGGGAUUGACUCGCUCGGAAAUCCACUAUUGGUACUAUCCGCGGCUGCAUUUCCAGAUUCGAGAGAGGUAGACUACAAUGCUUUAUUACCCUAUGUAUUGGCGAUAUUACCAGGGGAGAACGAAAUCGAUGCUUUGGACUCACAUGGCGAGAAAGGAAGUGGUGGUUACUCGGUUAUUUUCUUUUCUGGAGGGAGUGGCAGUAGGGAUAGAGACGCAAAAUCGCGGCCGACAUGGAGUUGGUUUAUGCAGGCUUAUUCUUUGCUAGGAAGAGCCGUUAGGAAGCGCAUCAAGAAGCUAUGGAUUGUCCACGAGCGAGCUUGGGUGCGCAUCAUGCUGGAGAUGUUAUCCGGCGUUGUAUCCCAGAAAUUCAGAAGAAAAGUUCUGCAUGUCUCAAGCCUGACGGAACUUGCCCUUGAAAUCGAUAUCACGAAACUAAACAUCCCUCCUGCCGUUUACUUGCACGAUAAGCGAGUAUCCGAAUCCAUACAACUCCCCGGUUUCCCUCCAGUACCACAAUUCGGAAAGAUGCCAUUCACACCCGAUUCGCCAGUUGAUGCCCCCUUACCUCAUGUUCUCACAGAUGCAUCCCGCUAUAUCAGACUGCAUUGUCUUCCAUACGAAGGGUUGUUCAGAAAGGUCCCCAGCACUGACCUUUUGGAAGUUGCAAGGGAAGCAUACGACAGACGACAAUAUCUCCACCUUUCUGACUACGGCCCGAAUAUAGCUGGGGGGUUGAUUAAAUUAUAUUACCGAACGCUACCAGAACCCAUUAUCCCUACAUAUUGCUACGACGAAAUCGAAGAGAACUUUGGGGAUAACUCUAAAACUGAGGAUGUUGUUUCAGCUGCCAGGAGUAUACUGACCCAGAGCUUACCGAAAGUUUCUUGUAGACUACUCUUAAGACAUCUUCUCCCACUGUUGGCUCUUGUGGCUUCACAUAGCGAAGUUAAUAAGAUGACAGCUUCAAACUUGGCGAUCUGCUUUGCGCCUUCAUUAUUACGAUCCGAGGAUAUCAUGCUGGACGCAAAGAUGUCUCGAGGCGGAGUCGCCAAGUUACUCGAAUGCUUAAUUACGAACAUUGAACAGUUUGCUCCAAAGAUGCCAGACCGACAGCCAAAACCUGCUUCAUUGACUGGCGAGAAGUACCUAUCCAUUUCAUCCAUCAAGAGGAGUGCGGCCACUGCAUCAACGACAAGAAAGCAAAUGAUUCCUAAGAUCAACGGAGAUAGCCCAACAUCAAGAUACGCCGAUGAUGAUCUUCUAACUAGCUCACCGAUUCAAAGGAAAAUGUCAUGGACCCCUAUUAUGCAGACUAUAAUGAAUAGCGACCCGAUUCCACUGACUACAAGGUCGAUGUCGGAUGGCGAGAUAAUAUCCAAAACUCCUAAGUCCACAGCCCCAGCACCGAAAACUUCGACAACGUUAACUUCGACGACGACGGCAUCCGCGGUGCCAGUCCCUACAGCUAGCGCAGAUACAACUACAACGUCAAGAGUUACAAAUGGCGGUAUCCCAUCCCCGCCCCCUUCGCCAACUAAAGAACCAGCUACACUUUCUACACCAUCGAAAGCGACUGCCUCGACCUCCCCACAGCUUAAGCCUGCCGCAUCGCCGCCAUCCAACUCCAAUGAAUCCUCUGCCCGUCGCUCAUCCUCGCCGUCUGCUUCCAAACUCUCAACAUCACCCUCAAGUCAACCUAAUCUUCAGAUUCGCGGUCUAAUGCGCGCGACAUCGUCUCCUCUCCCACCUCGGGAUUUCAGAGCAACCCUUACCCCCGCUGGUAAUAGAGAUGGAAAUGCAAAUACCAGUAACACCACUGCCAAACAACUAAAUAGCAAGCCCUCUUUCCCAACUCUGCGUAAAGUCCCCUCUGAUGCAGCCCUAAACUGGCAGAGAGCUAGUGUUAAAGUGAAGGUGGCUGGUACUAUGGUCAAUGAACUCAAGGCACUGUAUGAAGAGCGAGCUAAGGGAGCCGAGAUAUUGGUCAAAACAGCGAGCAGGAGAGGCAGGAAUCCGAGCAAUGCGGGUGUGAAUUGA